ACGGGCCAGAGGACGCCACGCCCCGAGCCCACCCGCGCGGUCGCCUAACGCAUGCGCCGUAGGGCCGAGGCGCCGACACAGGGGCCUCUGUUCAGGUGUCUACUUGAUGGCCUGAUGCCGUCGGCCUCUGAACGCGCGCCCUGCCUUGUCCUACCCAGACGCCUUUCCCCGCCCAGACACCUGACCUGCCCAGGGACCGACUCGCACGAGAUGCUGAGAGGGGAGCCAGCGCCUUUAGACUUACUUUAAAUCGGGCAUCUCCGAGGACACGCCCUCCCGGGGUCCUCCGUGGGCAGCGGCUCUCAGAGUCGAGCGCGCGGCGCGCUGGGAACAGGUUCUGCUUGGAACUGGCGGGGCGUGUGCCGGACACCUUCCUUCCCUUGCUCGGAUUUUUAUUUUCUGCAUCACAGAAACUCAGCCAGGCCUGAUGUGCUUGCUGUCCAGGAAUUUGGACACUGAUGGACGCCGGGGGGCCACGCUGCCCGCCCUGCAGCCCAGAGUGAACCGGCCUGUUCCUGGGCAGUGUGGCUGGGCAGACCUGUAGCGACCCUUCGCGUCUCCGGGGACGUCAGCCUGCGCCUCCUCCUCGAAGCCCCACUCCCUCUCCCGAGUUCUGCAAGGGAGCCUUGAGGAAACAGGCUUUUCUUGCACCUGGGAGUGCUGCUGUUUCUGUACAUUUUGGAGGCAAAGAUGCCUGGGAAAAGGCCCCUAAGCGCGGCGGCCCUCCCCGGGAGUGCCAAAAGGGAACGGAAAGCAAUUGCCCUAGACAUAAAAUUAGAAGUGUUAAGACGAUUUGAGAUGGGUGAAAAGCUCAGCCAGAUCGCAAAGGCCUUAGGCCUUGCCGUCUCCACAGUGGCUACCAUCCGAGAUAAUAAAGAAAAAAUCAAAGCGAGCUCCCAAAUCGCCACCCCCUUGCGAGCAUCUCGGCUGACCCGCCACCGAAACGCACUCAUGGAGACCAUGGAGCGAUUGUUGCGUGUGUGGCUCGAAGACCACGGCCAGCGGAACGUGGCCCUGAGCGUCUCCGUUAUUCAGGAGAAGGCUAAGAGUUUGUUCGACGACUUACAGCGUGAACAAGGUGCGAGCUCCCAGACGGAGACGUUUAGUGCUAGUAAAGGGUGGUUUGUGAGAUUCAGGGGACGCCACUGUUGGCCCCACUUGAAGAUGCCCAGCACCGCUCCUGGCAAGGAAGACCCGUACCCAGAAGUAUUGAAAAGCAUCAUCCAGGAGGGUGAGUACACCCCCCAGCAGGUUUUUAAUGUAGACGAGACAGGGCUUUAUUGGAAAAGAAUGCCUGAGGGAACACGUCUCUCGUUGGAAGAGAAAACCGAGCGGUGGGUUGUACCAUCCAGGGAUCGCUUGAUGCUGCUUCUUGGUGGUAACGCGGCUGGGGACUUUAAGCUGAAGCCCUUGUUAGUGUACCGUUCAGAAAACCCCAGGGCUCUGAAGGGGUACUCCAAGCCCAAUUUGCCUGUAAUCUGGCGCUCAAACAAAAAGGCCUGGGCCACCAGGAGCAUCUUUCAUGAAUGGUUCACGUGCUUUUUUUGCCCUGCCGUUGAAAAACACUGUGCCCAAAAUAACCUCGCCAGCAAAGCCCUGCUCAUCUUAGACAGUGCACCGUGCCAUCCAGUAAAUUUGAGCGAUCUGUCCGAUAAGGUAAGGGUGGAGUAUCUUUGUGACAGUACAGCCAACCUGAUGCAGCCUGUGGGUCAAGGCAUAGCGUCUACCUUCAAAGCUCAUUACCUAAGAAGGACUUUUGAGCACAUCCUCGAAGCAACAGAUGGGGAGGAGACUGCUGAGGUCGGGGCGUUUUGGAGAAACUACAGUAUCAUGGAUGCCGUGGACAACAUUGCCAUAGCCUGGGAGGAGCUCAGACCAGCCACGAUGAACAGUGUGUGGAAGAAGAUGUGGCCUGAGUGUGUUCAGUUCCAGAACGGCUCCCAAGCAGACAGCAUCGCACAGCUUCAAGGGAACUCGUGAGCCUUGCUGACAAAGUGGCUCUCGGAGAGGUGGCGGAAGCUGACGUGGCGCGACUGCUGCGGUCCCACGAGGAGGGUUUCUCGAAUGAGGAGCUGAUGCAGCUGGAGCGGGAGCCACCAGAAGAGGAGGGCAGCGCGGAUGCCGCCCCGGCCCUGCGCCAGCUGACCCCGCAGGAGCUGUCCGAGCCUUCUCACAUUUCGAGGCCGGCUUACAGGUCCUUACCAGUCACAGCCCUGAUGACGAGUGGAAACGAAAAGUUUCAAAUGCCAUCAAUGAUGCAAUAAACUGCUACGGGAAUUGUACGGCGAGAAGGAGUGGCGCUCGCAGCAGCUCUCCUAGGCUGUCGUCUGGGCGUGCAACCAAACUUAACCAGAGGUCGGUCUCUGGGACUUUGGGGAGGAAGCCCAGCCAAGCCUCUGAGUCCUCUUCUGGUGUUUUCAUUUUAACACUUGAAAGCAUCACAUUUUGUCAUUAAAAUUUUACUUAAAAAUGUGCUUUAAGAAGAUUGCGUGAAAUAAUAUCUUGGAAAACUUAUUUAAAACAAACCAUGAGAAGAGUUUCCUUGUAGUGCAGCAGGUUAAGGAUCCAGCAUUGUCACUGCAGCAGCUUGGAUUGCUGCUGUGGUGCAGGUUCGAUCCCUAGCCUGGAAACUUGUACAUGCCAUGAGUGCAGCCAGAGAAAAAGGAAAGAAGCUUUUCCAUGAAGAUAAAAUAUUACAAACAAUAUCAAAGGCAAGUGACACACUGGAAGAAGAUAUCUCACAGAAAAUCAGCUGAUAUCCCUGAUACGUGAAAAUUGAAAAGAAAAAUAAAUACUAAAAAUCCAAUAGAAAGGUGGACAAAAGAUAUAAUUCAUAAAUAAGUCAAUUAGAUCUUGAAGCCUAAGUUUAACCUCACUCAGUGAAGUGCAAAUUCAAGCCACACAGAUACCGUUUCUCAGUCAGAUUGGCAGUAAUAAAAAGUACGACUACAUACUCUUGGUGAGGCUCGAAGAUGACAGGCGUCCUCAUUCCUGGCUGGUGGGAACGCAAAUCAGUGCGUCCCUUGUGGGGGCAUCAAACACUAAUAAAAAAAACAAAGCAUUUCUUGGAGUUCCCUGAUGGCUCAGCAGGUUAAGGACCUGGCGUUGUCCCUGCUGUGGCUUGGGGGCUGCUGUGGCACAGGUUUGGUCCCUGGCCUAGGAACAUCCACAUACCUGAGUGAGGUCAAGAUAAAAAGACUUCCUUUAUUUUUCUUUUCCGCUUUUCAGGGCUGCACCCUCGGCAUAUGGAAGUUCUCAGGCUAGGAGUCGAAUUGGAGCUACAGCUGCCAGUCUACACCACAGCCACGGCAACGCGGAAUCCGUAAUCCAUCGAGCAAGGCCAGGGAUCAAACCUGCCUCCUCAUGGAUAUAGUUGGAUUCGUUUCCGCUGUGCCACAAUGGGAACUCCCAAAGAUUUCCUCUGUUUUAGCAAUCCCACUUGGAGGAUUAUACCCUGAAAACGCACCUCCGCCGAAGGAGAGACAUAGGCCCAGGUUAUUUGUUGCAGGGUUGUUGUACCAGCAAAAGCUAGGAAACAGCCUGAAGAGUCUCCCCAGGACGAUCAAAUAUGAGGUGGCAAUUCCACACAAUGGAAUAUAGCGAAUGUAAAUGACUUUACGCUAGUAAUACAGAACGCAACUGAUGUGGUUUCCAGGAUGUACCAUGUAUUGAAAAAUAAACAUGGAAGAAUGUAGUAUAGUAUUCUGCCUUUUGCAGAAGAAAGGGAAAAUAAGACAUAUACCUGUCUUUCUCAUUUGUACAGAGAGCGCAAGAAGGAGAAAUCAAAAACUGAAAGGGAAAAAAAAUGAUUGAAAGGGUCAGAGUUCCCACUGUGGCACAGCGGGUUGAGGACCUGGCUUUGCCUCUGUGGCAGCACGGCUCAAUCCCUGGCCCAGCGCAGUGAGUUAAGGAUCCAGCAUUGCCAUAGCUGUGGUGUAGGUCACAGCUCUGGCUCCGGUUCAGUCCCUGGCCUGGGAACUUGCAUAUGCCAUGGGUGCAGCUGAAAAAAAAAAAAAGACUGAAGAGACGGGUACAGGAGCGAGGGAGCCGCCUGACCGAGUACCUUGGUAAAGUUCUGACUUUGGGACCCACGUUAACAUACUGCACAAGAAGAGGAAAGAGGAAGCAGGGAAGGGAAGCAGCAGAACGUUCGAACAGAACUGUAUUUCACAGGAAUCGGAAAUGCACAGUGAAGAGGGAGGGACACCCCCGUUCAUUUCCAGCACUGUCCUGACGAUGCCCUCAGGCUUCAGAGGAGAGAGCUCUCCAAACGCGUUCUAAAUGCUUGCGAGUGAGCUGCUGCCUCCUUGGCCCGGGUCAGCCGUGGGGAAAGUGCUCCGUGUGCCCUGGGCCCGGGGCCGUCACUGUCCCGGCACACAGGAAAAGGGAAAGAAUGAAUCAUUUUGUCUUGAAAUUGGAAGCAUGAGUGAGAACUCCCGGUGUUGAAUGUGUUUUUAGGUCCUUUUUUUUUUUUUUUCUGCUUUUUAGAGCCAGACCCGUGACAUAUGGAGGUUCCCAGGCGCGGGAGUCCAGUCGGAGCUGUAGCCAGCCUACACCAUGGCCACAGCAACAUGGGAUCCAAGCCAAGUCUGCGACCCACACCACAGCCCUCGGCCAUGCCGGAUUCUUAACCCACUGGGCGAGGCCAGGGAUUGAACCCGCAACCUCAUGGUUCCUAGUCAGACUCGUUUCCUCUGCGCCACGACGGGACCUCCCGAGUGGCCGAUUUUGAGUGAGGUCUGUUACGGGUUGGUGGAACCCAGUCAGUGUGAACUCGCGGACUGAUGACUGCCCAGCAGCCGUGUGCGGUAGCGCGCCUUGGGGGAGCGAUGCGGAAGGAAUCGGGCAAAGGGCUGCCAUCACUGCCAGAUGGUUCAAAAGAAGCGGUGUGUGCGGAGACCAAAACCAAUGGGGCAAGAUGCCAACAUUUGCGGAAUCUAGGAGAUGGGUACAUGUUUCUGCAACACUUCUGUAAACCUAAAUUUGUCAAAAGGUUAAAAGAUGAGUUUCCGUCGUGGCUCAGUGGUAACAAACCAAAGUAGCAUCUGUGAGGACGCGCAGGUUCAGAAGGUUAAGAAUCCAGCGUUGCUGUGGCUGCGAUGUAGGCGGGUAGCUGCAACUCCGAUUCAACCUCUAGCCUGGGAACCUCCAUACGCUGUGGGUGUGGCCCUAAAAAAAAAAAAGGAUUAAAAGAAACUUCCUCUUUCGUACCUUGAGGAGGCUGGGUAAAGGCGGGAUCCUCCAGCUGAAGUCAGAGCGCAGCUUCAGUUACCCGAGGUCGGGGCUGGUGCUCACACCGCAGCCCUGGCACACCUCCCACCCUGCUGCCUGUGUCCCUGUCCCUCCCGUCCCCCAGGGACUGGGCUGUAGCUGGGAGGAGAUGCGUGGCUCUCCUGAGGGCCCCCUCGGUGGGUCUGCUUGUGAAGAAGUGAGUUUCUCUGGAGCCAGCCCUGGACCUGCACAACUGGCCACCUUUCUGCUGCUCACGUUGGGUCAAUGAGGGUUUUCCACAAGGAGGAUUCUGUCGGGAAAACAGCUUCUAUUUCGUGAGCCUCCUCUGGGUGCCAGGCCGCAUUCAGGGCUCCCUGGAACCAAACACCCCCAACAGGGAUGUGCUUUAGUGCCUCGUACAGAAGAACCAGAGGCUGAGGCUCUGACAGCCACAUGUGUGAUGUGCCCAGCAUCUGACCCCGCUGGGCGGGGAGGGCUGCGGGCUGGCACAAAGCCUUGUCCCCAGCUCACCACACGCGCGGUCCUGGGCACAGACUCCGUGAGACCGGCUGCAGCGCCACCGCACAGCUCGCCCAUGGGGUGCUGCCCACACCAAUGGGCUCCUCGCCACCACGACGUGGACCCCAAAGACCCACGCGUGAUGCCGCUUAAAGAACUUCUCAUCCGGAAGGCGUCGAGAUGAUGAGGGGGCAGUUUAAAAAAUAAAGCCAACUUUGUCGGCCACGUGCCAGUGGACUAGUUCUUGUGGACACUGAUUGUAGCUUGGGUAGCGUGUUGGUGACACAGUAAAUUCAAGAAGAGCCAACUUCCCAACAGUAGGUCCGUGAUGAUCGCGGAAUGUGCAGACCAGGGGCAGGAAGAGGGCAGUGAGCCCCGAGCCCCCCAACCCGAGAAGAAGGGCAGCGGGGCGGGACAGCUGCUGACCACCCUCACGGUGCUGGCCUUCCUCAGGGCCCUGCCAAGGCAGCUCAGGAUGGAGGGCGCAGCCUGCGGCCGCCAGGGAGGGCUCCCCCAGGGUGCAGGGGGCGAGGGGUGGUGCUGUCUUGACCCGGCCCUUGCAUCGGCCUUGCCUCUGGCCUCUCCGCUCUCAGGCUUCCCAGGCAGAGAGCACAGGUACUCAUGUGGCUGCAUUCCCUGCCCCCCACCCCACCUGUGUGUCACCCACUCGCGCCGAGAGCCAAGCACGGUCCAGGAAGAGCAGGAAAGGCUGGGAUCCAUGCCUCUUCCCACACGCCUCCUGGCAGCUGGGUCUUCAGAGCACAAAGCGUCCCUGCAGAUGCAGCUCCACCACUGGAUGGCAGUGGCUCAGUCCACCACCAAGGGUCCUGGCCAGCUGGAGCAGGACCUCCCACACCCACGCCCCGUGCUCUAGGUGUCCUUCCGGUGCCUGAUCUCAGGACCCCAAGCAAAGGGCCCCAGUUGGUCUCCCA